AUGGAGAAAAAGACAGUGUUGUAUCUGCCUCAUGAACUAAUAAUCCAAAUUCUGAUGAGGUUGCCGGUGAAGUCUCUUAUAUGUUUCAAAUGCGUUUGUAAGUCUUGGUUUUCUCUUAUCUCUGAUCCUCACUUUGAAAAUUCACAUUUUCAACUUGCCUCUGCAACACACACUUGUAGAUUUUUAUGCAUAUCAACUCAAUCUCAUGAAAUUCGAUCUAUAGAUUUUGAAGCAUUUCUUAACGAUGAUCCUGCUUCAGUGAACCUUAAUUUUUCGCUUCCAGAAUCUUAUUUUCCUGUUGAAAUUAGAGGUUCGUGUAGAGGGUUUAUACUUUUGUACCGACCUCCAAACAUCCACUUAUGGAAUCCAUCCAUUGGAUUUAAAACACAAAUACCGGUGUCUCCCUUUGAUUCCAAAUCAAUAGCACAUUGUCAUGGUUUUGGUUAUGACCAGUCAAGAGAUGAUUACUUGGUGGUUGAAUUUUCCCAUGUUUCAUCACAUUUGGAGGUUUUCUCAUUUAGAGAUAAUACGUGGAAAGAAAUUGAUGGUCAUACUCACUUCCCUUAUGUCGUCGUUCCUUCUCAGAGAAAAGGGUUUCUAUUUAAUGGGGCUAUUCAUUGGUUGGCUUAUCGCCGUGAUUUAAAACUGAAUGUCAUUGUUACGUUUGAUUUAAUGGAGAAGAAAAUGUUUGAGAUGCCUGUUCCAAGUGAUUUUAACAAUGGAUAUCUUUAUAGUUUGUGGGUAUUUGGAGAAUUUCUCAGUUUAUGCGCUAAGGAUUAUGAUAAUGAUACAAUUGUAAUAUGGGUGAUGAAAGAAUACAAAGUGCAUUCGUCAUGGACUAAAACUCUUGUUCUUUCUGUUGAUGCCAUUCCUGAUCACUACUUUCAACCUAUAUAUUCUACAAAAAAUGGUGAUAUUAUUGGAAGAAAUCUUAGUACUAGAUUGGUGAAGUAUAAUGAUAAAGGACAACUAUUAGGACAGCGCUCCUUCUGUAACAGUCAAUCUGAAAUUGUCAUGUAUACAGAAUCUCUGCUUUCACUACUUGGUGACAAUGAGCAUGAUUAA